AUGGCGUCCCCAUCUCCUAUGAAAAUAAUCAUUGUCGGCGGCUCCCUUUCAGCUCUAAUGCAAGACAUCACUCUCCAUCAACAGGGCCACUCCAUCCACAUCCUCGAACAGAGUCCCACACCAACUCCCGUCUCGCACAUGGCCGGCGUUAGCAUAGGUCCAGACGUCCAGACGUUCCUGUCGCGCUUCGACCGCGUCUCCCACAUUCCACUGGGCAUCCCAGCCACGCAGCUUCAAUCCGUCGACCACUCGGGCCAACCGAAGCCCUUUUUCCGCCUUCAGCGCAUCAUGACCUCCUGGGAUGCCUUGUAUUUUCGUCUCCGCGCCAACUAUGAUGGUCUAGCCAGCGACUACAUCCCCAACCCUCCAGAUCCCCUCUCUACCUUACCAGACGAAUCCUCAUGCGACGCACGAGCCAGCGCACGAUACGAGUAUGGCCAGCGAGUCGUCGACAUAUCCGAGAUCCCAUCGACUGGACAGCUAGCUAUCGUCACAGAGAGCACCAGCAGUAGCACAAGAGCCACAACGACAUACACAGCAGAUCUAGUCCUCGGCGCCGAUGGCCCACGUUCCACCGUCCGCCAACUUUUCUUGCCCCCCUCCCCUCAAGGUGACAACAAAACCCACCGCAAAUACGCUGGCUACCUCGCCUGGCGCGCCAUUAUCCCCGAAAGCCGCAUAACCCCUGCCACCCUCGCUAUCUUCCAGUCCAACAUCAGUUAUCUAAUUCGCAAACGCCCCACCCACGGCUCCCACAUCGUCGUCUACCAUAUUCCCGGCCCCAAUGGCUCCAUCACCCCAGGUACCCGCUAUCUCAACUUCUGCUGGUACGAGAACGUGCCUGCGCAUGACCUCCCAACUCUCAUGACAGACAUCCAUGGCGUGCGGCAUCACACCACCGUAGCGCCGGGCCUGGUACCGCCACGGAUAUGGAACCUACAACGUGCACAGGCAGCCGAGGACAUGUUGGAUUUCCCAGCUCCCUUCCGUGAACUUCUCUCGCUGAUUGAUGCUCCGUUUCUGCAUCUCAUCACGGAUUAUCCGCCGGCGGAGAGGACAUGUUUUCUCGGUGGUAAGGUGAGGUUGGUGGGCGAUGCGGUAACACUUAUGAGACCGCAUGCAGCGUUUAGUACGAAUCAGGCGGCGGCGCAUGCAGCGCUGAUUGGUAGGUGGUUGGAUAGGGAGGCAACAGCUGGUAUGUCGGAGAAGGAAUGGGAGUAUCAGGUUGCUAGGUCGGCGGAGUUGCAUUGGGCCAGGAGCAUUUGGUAUGGCGAGUACCUUCAGAAUUGGUCGAUGGUAUUGGCUGCUGGCGGCGGGUUAUUGGGUGAGGUAUUGGUGUGGGUAUGGUUGCUGGCCAUCGCUCCCUUCUACUUUCCAAUCUUCGAUCUAUCUGUUGGGGUGGAAAUGUACGCUGUGGCUGACCCGGAAACCCGAUCUAUCCUCGACCAUCAGAUCAUUCCCUCUUUCACCUCUUUCACCUCUGCAUCAUCUCCCUGGGGAGAUCCAAAUCCCACAAACAACCUUUCCCACUUCAUAACCAGCGCCAACGCCACCGAAAGAGCAGCAGCAGCAAUUAUCAAGACAAACACAUCAUCAACACUACUAAUAAUAGCAGCCACCACGCGUUUCCGCUGCACAACACUCAACGAAGUGAAGAACUCCGCACGCACACCAAAAAUAGCCUGUUGA